UCUGCAUGCAAUCGAAUGUAUUUAGUCAGAGUUGUGAUUCAGACUCUCCUGCCUUUGCAGCCGCCACUGGUCCAGGCCAUCUUCAGCGGCGACCCGGAGGAGAUCCGCAUGCUCAUCCACAAGACGGAAGACGUGAAUGCUCUGGACUCGGAGAAGCGCACUCCGCUGCACGUGGCCGCGUUCCUGGGAGAUGCCGAGAUCAUCGAGCUCCUGAUCCUUUCAGGAGCUCGUGUAAAUGCCAAGGACAACAUGUGGCUGACCCCGCUGCACCGGGCCGUGGCCUCCAGGAGUGAGGAGGCAGUGCAAGUAUUGAUUAAGCACUCGGCUGAUGUCAACGCGAGGGACAAGAACUGGCAGACCCCGCUGCACGUAGCCGCCGCCAACAAGGCCGUGAGGUGUGCAGAAGUGAUCAUUCCCCUGCUGAGCAGCGUCAACGUCUCCGACCGCGGCGGCCGCACAGCCCUGCACCACGCCGCUCUCAACGGCCACGUGGAGAUGGUCAACCUACUCCUGGCCAAAGGGGCGAACAUCAACGCCUUUGACAAGAAGGACCGGCGGGCCCUGCACUGGGCAGCAUACAUGGGUAAGUGGUCCAUGGAUGGGAGGCAAGUGCACGUGACCUUCAUGCGGGAAGCCAGGGGUCUCUCACUGACCUCACAGGUUCUUUCUCGGGCAAGUCUGACCUCUUUUCCCGCUUGGGAUUCAGCUGGAUUGAGAUUUGGUCCGUUUUCCUGGCAGAUGGUCAACCUACUCCUGGCCAAAGGGGCGAACAUCAACGCCUUUGACAAGAAGGACCGGCGGGCCCUGCACUGGGCAGCAUACAUGGAUGAGUUCACUGUUUGUCACACCCCCUUUCUGCUGCUCUUUACCUCCGGUGACAAGUAUUUCCAGGAUGACCACGAUGGGCAGAUCGAUGAAAUCAACGUCUAUGGGAACACAGCGCUCCACCUGGCCUGCUACAACGGGCAGGACGCUGUAGUCAACGAGCUGACCGACUACGGUGCUAACGUGAACCAGCCCAACAACAGUGGCUUCACCCCUUUGCAUUUUGCUGCUGCCUCCACCCACGGUGCUUUGUGUCUUGAGCUGUUAGUCAACAACGGGGCGGAUGUUAACAUCCAGAGUAAAGAUGGCAAAAGCCCGUUGCACAUGACAGCCGUCCACGGCAGGUUCACACGCUCGCAGACCCUCAUUCAGAACGGAGGAGAAAUCGACUGCGUGGAUAAGGAUGGCAACACUCCUCUCCACGUGGCUGCAAGAUACGGCCACGAGCUUUUGAUUAACACCCUAAUCACCAGCGGAGCGGACACAGCCAAGUGUGGGAUCCAUAGCAUGUUCCCCUUACACUUAGCUGCCCUAAACGCUCACUCCGACUGCUGCCGGAAGCUGUUGUCGUCGGGCUUUGAAAUAGACACCCCAGAUAAAUUCGGAAGAACGUGCCUUCAUGCCGCUGCUGCAGGAGGUAACGUGGAAUGUAUAAAACUCUUGCAGAGCAGUGGAGCGGAUUUCCACAAAAAGGACAAGUGUGGGAGGACCCCUUUGCACUAUGCAGCUGCGAACUGCCACUUCCACUGCAUCGAGGUCUUAGUGACCACGGGGGCCAACGUGAACGAGACCGAUGACUGGGGCCGGACAGCUCUGCACUACGCCGCGGCUUCCGACAUGGACAGAAAUAAGACCACCUUAGGAAAUGCCCACGAAAACUCAGAGGAACUCGAAAGUGCCCGCGAGGUGAAGGAGAAAGAGGCUGCGCUAUGCCUCGAGUUUCUGCUUCAAAAUGACGCCAACCCAUCUCUCCGGGACAAGGAAGGCUACAAUAGCAUCCACUACGCGGCUGCCUACGGCCACAGGCAGUGUCUGGAAUUGCUUUUGGAAAGAACCAACGGUGGUUUUGAAGAAUCAGAUCCGGGUGCUACCAAGAGUCCGCUCCACUUGGCUGCCUACAACGGGCACCACCAGGCCCUGGAAGUGCUCCUGCAGUCCCUGGUGGACCUGGACAUCCGGGACGAGAAGGGCCGCACCGCUCUGGACCUGGCUGCCUUCAAGGGCCACACGGAAUGCGUGGAAGCGCUGAUCAACCAGGGCGCGUCCAUCUUUGUGAAAGACGAUGUCACCAAAAGGACCCCACUUCACGCCUCAGUGAUUAAUGGUCACACCCUGUGUUUGCGGCUGUUACUAGAAAUCGCAGACAACCCGGAAGUGGUUGACGUGAAAGAUGCCAAAGGACAAACCCCACUGAUGCUGGCAGUAGCAUAUGGACACAUUGAUGCUGUCUCAUUGUUACUUGAAAAGGAAGCAAAUGUAGAUGCUGUUGACAUCAUGGGAUGCACAGCUUUGCACAGAGGGAUCAUGUCGGGUCAUGAGGAAUGUGUGCAGAUGCUGCUGGAGGAAGAAGUCUCAAUUCUCUGCAAAGAUGCCAGAGGGAGGACCCCCUUGCACUACGCCGCAGCCCGCGGCCACGCCACAUGGCUGAGCGAGCUGCUGCAGAUGGCCCUGUCGGAGGAAGACUGCUGUUUCAAGGACAACCAGGGCUACACGCCGCUGCACUGGGCUUGCUACAAUGGUAAUGAAAACUGUAUAGAGGUACUUUUGGAGCAGAAAUGUUUUCGCGAAUUUAUCGGCAAUCCCUUUACUCCACUGCACUGUGCGAUAAUAAAUGCCCAUGAGAAUUGUGCGUCACUGCUGCUGGGGGCCAUAGAUUCCAGCAUUGUCAAUUGCAGGGACGACAAGGGCAGGACGCCGCUGCACGCCGCAGCCUUUGCUGACCACGUGGAGUGCCUGCAGCUCCUGCUGAGACACAGCGCCCAGGUGAACGCGGCCGACGACACGGGCAAGACGGCGCUGAUGAUGGCCGCGGAGAACGGGCAGGCGGGCGCCGUGGACAUUCUGGUGAACAGCGCGCAGGCUGACCUGUCUGUGAAGGACAAGGACUUGAACACACCCUUGCAUUUGGCGUGUAGUAAAGGUCAUGAAAAAUGUGCCUUGUUAAUACUUGACAAGAUACAAGACGAGAGCCUUAUUAAUGCCAAAAACAAUGCACUGCAGACGCCCCUGCACGUCGCUGCGCGCAAUGGCCUGAAGGCCGUGGUGGAGGAGCUGCUGGCCAAAGGGGCCUGCGUCCUCGCUGUCGAUGAGAACGCUUCUAGGGCCAACGGACCCCGCCCCGCCCCGGGAAUAGCUGUACAAAAAGAAGAAUGAGACUCUUCCAGAACCAUUCACACACACACGUGCACACACAUGUAUAUAGUUCUGUCUGUGUCUCAUCAACCAGCUCUACAGGAGGACCAAAAUGCUUCCGUCGAGGAUGGAAAACUUCACUGGUGUUUCUUCGCAGUGAAAGUGAGAACUGAAGUAGCUUUUCUAUGGAGUUAAAAUGGAAUCUUUUUGCGUAAGAGUCUUCGUUGUAUUUUAUAUUUCUUAUGACAGAGAUUUCCAGUGGAUGGCUUACCAUUUGUAAUGGAUGAUGUGUUGACCAUGGCUUAUUUUUUUUUUGCCCGACUAGAGAAAAUGUUCAUAAACUUUUGAUGUAAAUGUGUUUAUAUUUAUUGGAAAUGAAACAGAUGCCGAGGGAGCGUCCUUUGUUCGUUCUCCCUUUUCAUUGCUGUGUGUCUUACUUGGAAAAACAAAAAAGCAGAAAAACACACAGGGCCCUCCCUGGGCCAACCAGCAGCCCUGGACCAGCCAGCAGCCCUGGGCCACGCCCGGCAUUUCCACUGCUAAGGUCUCAGCGGAUCCUCAUGAUCUCCCAUGUGGAUUGGAGAGGGCACAGCACCCAUCACUCAGCCCCAGUCUGUGGCCAACCUAGAGCUUAGAAGACAUUGGAGUCCUUCUGCUCUUCUGCCAGAUGAACCUGAAGCGCGUUGUGGAUCAUAUGCACAGACGUGGCCAAAAGAAAAGUCCAGAAAUGAUCUCAAAUGCACUGAAAUCCCACGUGGUCCCAGUAAACUCCUGGGAAACUGCUUCAGUGGGUGGACACUUGUGCCAAGAGAAGAAAUAACAAUCACCAGCUCGCGCUAUUCCCAAUGGGGGAAGGAAGCGUUGUGUGAGGGGAGUACUAACCAUCUGAUAACUGGGUCCCUUUCACCCUGGAAAUGGCAGUCUCAUCGUGUAUGUGAGGUAUUUUUACAACAGCGUUCGACCGUAUCUGGAUCAAAUACAGGUUCUGUAUUCUGUUUCUCAUCUAACUGCAAGAGACUUAGUCUCGCUCUUUUAAUACCCGGAUUGAAUGAGACGCUCACGUUGGGUUCUUCACGGAGGAGAGCUGUCCAGAGGACUUCCGACAUUGUGUUUGCAUUCCCCUCCUUCCUCUGUCCUUUUUGUUUGUUUAGAGAAGGUGAAUUUUUUUGCAGGAGGUAAAUUGCUCAUGAGUAAUAAUGACCUCAUCAUUGCCAAAACCCUGAGCAUGAGAGCGAGCCAAUGCUGAGAAGCACGAUACACCGCGGCGGCUUUUUCUAGAAGUGAAUGGAAAUCUUGCUCCGUUGGCGUAGAAAGCAGGCAAAGAGACGGCCGCUUCAGUGGUGGCGCAGCAAUGACAUUGCCCCGGGGAGCCUCACAGAGGGCAGGAGCGCUGCAGCAGGAUGCAGGCCUGGGCCUUAUCUCCGCGGAGCUGCUUUGGACUCCCCCUACCCCUUCCUCACAGAAAGAAGGCGGACAAAGGAGCAACAUGAAGUCAUGCUUACUCUGAACUGUUCAUUGAAUCCAUCUCUCCCCCGCCCCCUUCCCCUGGCCAAUUCUUUUCCUUUGAGAAAUGACUUUAAAAACUCUGAGUUCUGUAUCUGUCAAGUACAUCUCUUAGAGAUAACAUUAGAUUUGCAGCAUAGCUUUCUAAGAAAAAAACAUAACAGAAAACAUUGUGCUUUUCAUCGAGUCUUAGCUGGUUCGUGCUUUUUACCUACCUGUGUUCUUUUUAGACUCGAUUUUAACCACAGCCACAGGGAUCACGUUUCAUUGCACUUCACCUGUUCGCCAGUGUCUGCCUGUCCGUGGUAAAUACAUUACUGUCUCCACAUUGCCUAAAAUCUGCUACGAUUCUACAGUAAAUAGCUCAGGGGAUUUCUAUGUAUCACUACUAAAAGGGCACCAUAGUAUGUUUUGGUACUUUAGGCAGUACACAGCUGCUUGAUUUAUUAUUUUGUUAUUAAAUUAGAGCAAGAACAGCACAUGGAUUCGCUGCACUAGCUAUGCUUUGUACUGUUGAGCAACUCGGUUUGCUUGUCUGUUGCGUUGGUUGAAGAACUCAUCCCCCUUUUUUCCCUUUUGUCUUGUACUAUGAAGGUAGAGUGCCUUUUUAUAUCUGUAUAUUCUGAAAAUGUUCUGUGAAAUGUUUUGUAUUUUUUUCACUUGAGUGUUAUCAGAGCAAUAUAAUACCAGUGAGUUUUCAUUUCAGCCUUUCUUUGAAUGUAUAAAGUGUCUUUUUUUUUUUCCUAGUUCCCCUUUUCCCUGCUUUGAAAUGGAAAUGGAUAAGCCGAAGUGUUCUCUAGGAGUUCUCUUUGAUUUUGCAGUGCUAAAAUGCUUUCUUCUUACCAAACCGUAAACCAUAGGUCAGUGUUAUAGGGGGAAAGCGUUUCAAGAUAGUGACAAUCUGAGUGUGUGUACACAAUGUAAUUCUACGCGUUCCUUAUGCAGUGUUCUAAAAGCUCAAUGCAAGUAUAUUUGGGUUGGUAGUGUGUCUCCAUGUUUUAUGCUUUAGCAUGUGCAAUAUAUCUUUGCGAAGCACGAUGAUACAAAUCUGGUGCCAGUGUUCUAUUUUGCCUAAUAUAUUUGUAACAGCAUAAAAUAUUGUUUGAUGAUUUCAGUGGGAUUUUGUCUGUAAUGUUUUCUUAUGUAAAUUGAGGUUGAAUGACUCUGGUAAAUGCCAUGAUUGUAAAAAUGAGGAAAAUGACUGAGUUCAGUGAAUGACUUUGAACCAAUCUGAAUCUUCUCAAGCACAGUUUAAUACUUUUUCAACUACUGAAUGCUAAUAAUGUAAUGACGUACUUAACUGUAAUAUACUAUGGACAUGCAUUCAGAUGGUUAUUUUUACAAAUAAAGACGGUACAAAUAUUGUUGC